UAGGCUUCAGCGAUACCGGUUGGGACUCGGAGGGCGGCAGGAGGACUACGGGAGCCAGGCCUCAGAUCUCUACGGGGGCCUUGCCACAGCGCAGUCCCGCCACGCGAUCUCGGCCUAGGAGUGACACUAGUAGAGCCCAGUUCUUUUAGGAAUGCCAUGCUCCAUAUCACUCAGGAUUAAGAAUCUUCGGGAGUGCUAAGGAAUGUUACAUCUUGCCUUUGGGCACCCCAUCCCGAAUGUCCUGAUCCCCGAAGCUCAUAGCCGCAUCUAGCCUGUUCCAUCACAGGAUGGCAGAGGCCUUUAUCACAGGAUCGUGUGUGAGGGGCACCUAAGAAGGCAGGAGUGGUCAGUCAGAUGCUGGAAGAGGCCAGAGAGCUGGGGAAAGCCAUUCAGUGCGGCCCCGCAUAGCCCUAGGCAGCCUCCUUGCAUCUAACUUGACAGCUGUCUCCUGGACUCCUGUAUCCCCAUCACCAGAUCAACACAUCCGCCAGCCCAGAGAUGGAUGAGAAUGUUGCCGAGUUUCUCCGGAGGAUCAUCCUGAAAAUCCCUCUGUGUGAGAUGAAGACCAUCCUAGAAGCCUGGGACUUUUUGUCUGAAGACCAACUGCAGAGCAUAAACUUGAAGCAGAGAAAGGAAUUUCUGGCCCAGGAAGUGAUUCUGCUAUGUGAGGACAAGUGUGCAAGUCUUGAUGACAUGGCCCUUUUAGACCUCAUGUAUACUCAAUUUCAUCGGCACCAGAAGCUUUGGAAUGUCUUUCAGAUGAGUAAAGAACCAGGUGGAAAUGAUGUGGACCUUUUUGAUAUGGAACAGUUCCAAAGUUCAUUUAAGAGAAUUCUUCAGAGAGCAUUAAAAAAUGUUACGGUCAGCUUCAGAGUCUACGAGAAGAAUUCGGUGUGGAUUCGGGUUGCCUGGGGAACACAGUAUUCACAGCCAAACCAGUACAAGCCCACGUUUGUUGUGUAUUAUCCCCAGACCCCAUACGUCUUCAUUUCCUCCUGCUAUCUGAAGAGCACUGUGCCCCUUCUCCAUCAGGCGCUGAAAGUCGCUAGCAAACACCAUCAGAUGGCGCAGCUGGACCUGAGAAGCAGGCACCUGGACUCACUCACGGCUAUUGUGUUUAACGAGUAUGACCAGACCUUUGAAAAUUACAACUCCACAGCGUCUUGGCGUGAAGGAAGCCUUGGACUGAAGACAGAUUUGGAUUCAAAGAUCAUUCAUGAAAACACAGAGGAAAAAGUGAGAAUCCACAGAGCCACGCAAGAGGCCUUUGGAGCCUAUCCUCAGCCACAGCUAGAGUUCGCACAGUAUAAGCUGGAAACCAAGUUCAAGAGUGACGUAGGUGGGGGCAUCUUGGCUGACAGGAAAGAGCCCCUCCGGUGCCUCGUCAAGUUCUCCAGCCCACAUCUUUUGGAAGCAUUGAAAUCCUUAGCACCAGCGGGUAUAGCAGAUACACCACUUUCUCCACUGCUCACCUGCAUACCAAGCAAGAAAAUGAAUUAUUUUAAAAUUAGAGAUAAAUGAAAUGCAUUUGUCUCAGCUUUUAUUGCACAUGCGAUUCCAGUUAUAGCCGGCUAGCUCCUGCGUAUAGCCUUGUGUUUUAGGAACCAAUCCUUGGCAUGGGAAAUUAGUGUUUCUAAUGUAACUGUUAGGACUGAAUCUGUCCUCCAUAUGUGUGUGCACUCUCUCUUCUGAGUACAGCAGCUGUGGGCAUUUGACAAGUGAUAAAUGUGUGUGUGCACACACAUGCACGAUCAGAUCACACACACACUCGAGGCUGCAGUGAUCUCAACCCUAGGACACACAGAAGUCAAGCAUAGGCACAGUGGUGAAUCUGCUGUCCUUUCUCCCACUGCUGCUGCUUAUCCUCAGAAGUCUGGUUUCUGUGGAAUCUGUUACACCCUCGUUCACAGAUAGAAGAACCAAGAAACUACCCAACCCAAACCCCAAACUAGGAGAAUCAAUGGGGAGAGCUGGGGCUACUACCCAAGGCUGCAUAUCGAAUGGCUUCUUUGUGUAAAUAACUUUUCUGUUGUACGUAUUCUUGUCACGAUCUCUGAUCCAUGGAACACUGCAACUGAGUGCCACUGUUACACUGAUUUGUGAAUAAAGAUACUGACAAAC